UGCUCUUCCAUUCCCCUCGUCUCCAUAUAGGCCAUCGCCUCCGCCUCCGCCUCCGCCUGCGCCUCCGCACCUUUUUCUUCAGUCAUGGAUUUUGAAAAUUAUUACGAAAUUACCCGCGUCGCCGGCUUCAUUCACGCCCAUAACUUCUCCAGAGUCGCCUUACAGUUUCCAGAUGAGCUCCUGAAAGAUUCAAGGAAAGUUGUGAGUGCUCUCCGGCAUCUUCUUCAGAAUUCCGACGAGUCACAUGGAACCGCUAAGUUGUACGUGAUGGCCGACACCACCUACGGCAGCUGCUGCGUGGACGAGGUCGGAGCUGCUCAUGUUAAAGCUGACUGCGUUAUUCAUUACGGUCACACUUGCCUCAGCCCGACAACCACAAUUCCAGCUUUUUGUGUUUUCGGCAAGGCUCCACUUAAGGCAUCUAAUUGUGCUGAAAGUUUAUACAAUUAUACUGUAAAAGGUGGCAAGCCUAUUCUGGUUCUUUUUGGGCUAGAAUAUGCUCAUGCGAUGCCGGAUAUAAAAGAGGCACUAAAUGUUGAAGCAGUGAGGUUUCAUGACUCCAACUCAGGAUUUCAGAUACAUUUUGCUAAUGUUACUAAUUCAGUUAUAACUCCAUCCACAUCUAUGAAAUUGGAAAAUCGACAUUUAAUGUUGAAUGGCGACCAGGAUAACAAUGAAGAUUCUUCUCAGAAGACUGAUACAAAAUUUAGACUAGGUGGUUUGGGUUGGAGUUUACCUGAGGGACACAGGAUGGAGGAUUAUUUGCUGUUCUGGAUUGGUUUAGACAACUCGGCUUUCACAAACUUCAUAUUAACGUUUAAUAGUUGUGAAAUAGUCAGAUAUGAUGCAAUUGAAGGUUGCUUGAAGACUGAUGUAUCUCAGCAGGCAAAAAUUCUCAAGCGCAGGUAUUAUCUAGUUGAAAAAGCGAAGGAUGCAAACAUGGUUGGGAUCUUGGUCGGAACUCUUGGAGUUGCUGGUUAUCUGGAUAUGAUUCAUCAAAUGACAGAAUUAGUGACUAGAGCUGGGAAAAAGGCAUAUACCUUUCUUAUGGGAAAGCCAAAUCCUGCAAAAUUAGCUAAUUUUCCUGAGUGUGAUGUUUUCAUCUAUGUAUCCUGUGCUCAAACGGCUCUCUUGGAUAGCAAGGAGUUUUUAGCUCCUAUAAUCACUCCUUUUGAAGCUUUGAUAGCUUUCAACAGGGGCAGUCAGUGGACCGGAGCUUACUCAAUGGAAUUUCAGGAUGUGGUUGCUUCCCAGCCUGCAGAAGUAGAAGAUGAGGCAGAAUCACGUUUUUCUUUCUUUCAGGGUGGAUAUGUUGAAGAUUUUAAAUUGCAAGAGGGGAAGGAGGAAAAGGAUGCAGUUCUCUCCCUGGUAAAUGUCACAGAGAAGGCUUUGCUGCUCCAAAACAAGGACUCUGAGCUGUUGUCAAGAAGAGAUGCUAAAUCUGGAGCUGAGUUUUUUGCAGCUCGAUCAUAUCAAGGUCUUGAAAUCCAUAGCAGUGACUCUUUUCCAGAGCUGUUUUUAAUUGGUAGAGCAGGGAAGGCAUCUGGAUAUGAGGAUGAACAAAGCAAAUGACACGAUAUGUGAUUUUAUUCUACUGCUCUGAAAAUAAGCAAAGAGAAAGGAAGAGAGUAUCCAACUGAUGGUGCACUAAGCUAGAUCGUUUGGGGAAACAUUUGCAAUAGAAAGCCAGCACAGAAAUACAGCGAAAUCUGUGUAAUGUUGGGACAGUAGACAUAAAGCAGAAUUCCCAUUAGUUCUUCCAUUGAAACCAAUUGGGGGUAUUUUGGCAGAACGCAGUAGUUGUGCAGCAGCUUUGGCACCCAUAGAAGUGUUUGUGGCUAAAUUUGGGAAUCUCCGGCUAUUAUUGCUACUGUGGUGCUGGCAUUUUUGCCUUGCAUUGGCAUGGUUAAUUUUAAUCUAGCCUUGGGAAGAGCUUCUUGCAGCUAUUACCCAUUUCGUGGUAUACUUUCAUCCCUAUUCGGUUAAACAGAAGGGGUUGACUUUCCUAAGUUCCACCAGUUGGGGUCGUCUCUGCAUUUUUGUCCUCUUUGAACUGGAUCAGAUUCCAUUUAUGUCUUGUAUUAGUCAGGCAUAUUCAUAGGAUAGGAGAGAGCAUAUUUGUAAGCUGUUGUAAUGUUUCAUUGGCAUAACUUAGAACCUGUUAUUACAUUCCUUCCCUUAUAAUGUGAGUU